AAGCAUGGGGAAAUCCAUGUGUAAGAGACGUUUUUCUCACUGGCAGGAGCUACAAGGAUAAAAAAACACUUUGGCAGUUAUGGAUUCAUCUGACAUUCAAAGGAAUAAAAUAGCUAUCAUUGGCGGUGGCUUGGUUGGAGCAUUAAAUGCAUGUUUCCUAGCAAAAAGGAAUUUCCAAGUGGAUGUGUAUGAGGCUAGAGAAGAUAUCCGGGUGGCUAAAUCUGUACGUGGAAGAAGCAUUAACUUGGCCCUUUCUUAUAGAGGGCGACAAGCCUUGAAAGCCAUUGGCCUCGAAGAUCAGAUUGUAUCCCAAGGUAUUCCCAUGAGAGCAAGAAUGAUACAUUCACUUUCAGGAAAAAAGACUGCAAUUCCCUAUGGAACAAAGUCACAGUAUAUUCUUUCUAUAAGCAGGGAAAACUUAAACAAGGACCUAUUAAAUGCUGUUGAGAAAUAUCCCAAUGCAAAACUGCACUUUGGCCACAGGCUGUUGAAAUGUGAUCCUGAAGAAGGCAUGAUCACGGUGCUUGGAUCUGACAAAGUUCCCAAGGAUGUCACUUGUGACCUUAUUAUAGGAUGUGAUGGAGCCUAUUCAACUGUCAGAACUCAUCUUGUGAAGAAACCUCGCUUUGAUUAUAGUCAGAAAUACAUUCCUCAUGGAUACAUGGAGUUGUCUAUUCCACCUAAGAAUGGAGAUUUUGCCAUGGAACCUAAUUAUCUUCAUAUUUGGCCUAGAAAUACCUUUAUGAUGAUUGCACUUCCCAACAAGAACAAGUCUUUCACAUGUACCUUGUUCAUGCCCUUUGAAGAGUUUGAAAAACUUGUAACUAGCAGUGAUGUGCUGAAUUUCUUCCAGAAGCACUUUCCAGAUUCCAUUCCUCUAAUGGGAGAGCAAGCCCUGACACAAGAUUUCUUUCUGUUGCCUGCUCAGCCCAUGAUAUCCAUAAAAUGUUCUUCUUUUCACUUUAAAUCCCACUGUAUGCUGAUGGGAGAUGCAGCUCAUGCUAUAGUGCCCUUUUUUGGGCAAGGAAUGAAUGCGGGUUUUGAAGAUUGCUUAGUUUUUGAUGAAUUAAUGGAUAAGUUCAAUAAUGAGUUUAGCCUGUGUCUUCCUGAAUUUUCAAGAAUGAGAGUUCCAGAUGAUCAUGCAAUUUCAGACCUGUCCAUGUACAAUUAUAUAGAGAUGAGAGCACAUGUCAACUCGAGAUGGUUCAUCUUCCGAAAGAACAUAGAGAAAUUUCUUCAUGCUAUUAUGCCAUCUACUUUCAUUCCUCUAUAUACUAUGGUUACCUUUUCCAGAAUAAGAUACCAUGAGGCAGUGUUGCGCUGGCAUUGGCAAAAAAAGGUGAUAAACAAAGGAUUACUUUUCUUUGGAACACUGACAGCCAUUGGCAGUACCUACCUUCUAAUACGCUCCGUAUCACCAACACCCCUGAGCUACUUGAGAAAUCCAAGGGACUGGGCCACUUACAUUCAUAAUACAGGUCAUAUUUCCCUGAAAAUGCCUUGGGGCUACUAGAAUAAAUUCCUUUUUUCAUCAACAAGUAAUUAAAGGCCCUAAAGUAGCAAAUUCUUGAUUUUUCUGUAACCAAAUUUAGAAGUCAAAACUAUGUUUUGAAUUUUCUAAAGGAAGAUAUUUGACAUUUUAUAGUUAAAUUCAGCGUAAAAUUUCUAUGUGUUCACUGCAAUAACUGGAAAAAAUGUUUUAAGUUGCAACAUUGUUUCCCUACAACAAUAUGAAUUCUAAAUAUAAAUUUGCCAUGCCAGAAUUUCUCUCACUUCUCAAAAAGUAAAGCCCCAGAGAACUAGAAGAAAACUCUUAUGACAGUUUUCUUUAAAGAGUACAAUAAAAGUCACUAUAGGGUGGCAUGCUUGAAACAAAAAUUUUACUUCUUGCCUACAUGCUAAUUUCAUUUUUUCUAAUCUAAUGGAAUUUAUCUAAGCACAUAUUUUAGCUUCACUUAAACUGGAAGUGUAAAUGAGUAAACAAGGAAUUCAAGAGGAACUACAAAGAAUUAAAUGAGUAUGUUUUGUUUCCCA